ACAAAAAAGAGUAGCAAGGUUGGGCACAGUUGAGUGGAUAUUCUGUUCUCUUCUCUUCUUCUGAGCUCUCAUCUAAUCUUCCUUCCAUUCAUUCAAUUCACUCGGGUCUUCCCAUGACCCGAACCCGAGAACCCGAAUCCAAAUCCAAAACCUCUUCGCCUUCUUCAUCUUCGACAGGGAUGAAGCUAAUCGUUCCGCUGCAAGGCGUGGUUCAAGGUCGCGGUGGAAUCUUGUUAGGGUCGUUAAUCCCGUGUGCGCUGUUCUACUUCUUCCAGCUGUACCUCAAGAAACGACGUCGUUCCAACGACAAACACCCCUCCUCCAACCCUCCUUCGCCUUCUUCCUCGUUUCCGGAGCUGCCGCGCACGCCGUCGCGCUCCAACCUCUCGUCCAGGGGAUCCCUCACCGGCGUGCGCCUCUCCAGGCUCGCCACUACCAUCUCCGACGACGAUUCAGCUUACUACGUUGGCCUCAACAGAGCCUCACGUGAUCCCUAUCACAAGCUCACCAACCCCGAUGGAAUCAUCCAGCUUGGUUUGUCCGAUAACACGUUGAGUUUGGAUUUGAUUGGGGAUUGGAUGCGGAAGUGGGGCAGUGGUGGUGACGAUGGUUUGAGUAUUAAUGGGAUUGCAACGUAUCAGGCAUUUGAUGGAGUUGACGAACUCAAACUGGCCUUGUCGGAUUUUAUGCAUCAAGUAAUGGGAGGAUCGGUGCAUUUUGACACAUCUAAUAUGGUGUUAACAGCUGGUGCAACUCCUGCAAUUGAGAUACUAUCCUUCUGCUUGGCAGACCAUGGGAAUGCAUUCCUUGUCCCAACACCAUACUAUCCAGGUUUUGACAGAGAUGUUAAAUGGCGUCCCGGGGUAGAUCUAAUACCUGUUCACUGUCGCAGCGCUGACAAUUUUAAUCUAAGUAUGACAGCUCUUGAACAGGCAUAUAGUCAAGCAAGAAAACGAGGAGUCAAGGUUCGCGGAAUUCUUGUUUCCAACCCUUCGAAUCCUGUUGGCAAUAUGCUGACACAGGACAUGCUUUACAAUCUCAUAGACUUUGCCGAAGAUAAAAAUAUUCAUCUCAUUGUUGAUGAAGUAUUUGCAGGCUCCACGUAUGGAAGUGAGAAAUUUGUCAGCGUAGCUGAAAUUCUUGAGUCGGAUUCAGAAUAUAUAGACAACAGACGAAUUCAUAUAAUAUAUGGGCUGUCCAAGGACCUUGCACUAGCUGGCUUUAGAGUUGGGGUUAUAUAUUCAUUCAACAAGAAUGUCUUGGCUACUGCUAGGAAGUUAUGUAGAUUUUCUUCUAUAUCUGCUCCAACUCAGAGGCUAGUUACAUCAAUGCUUUCGGAUAAAAAAUUUAUUCAGGAUUACUUUGAAACCAACCGGAACAGAAUGCGCCAAGUACACCAUGAAUUUGUGGAUGCUUUAAGUAAAAUAGGAAUUAAGUGUGCCAAGAGCAGCGGUGGUAUGUUCUGUUGGGCUGAUAUGAGUGGAUUAAUCAAACCUUACAGUGAGAAAGGAGAACUUGAGCUAUGGGAGAAGUUUAUGAGUAUUGCUAAGAUCAAUAUUACUCCCGGAUCAGCCUGCCAUUGCAUAGAACCCGGAUGGUUUCGUAUUUGUUUUACUACUAUGUCUUUGGACGAGAUUCCUCUAGUUAUUGAACGGAUUAGGAGAGUUGUUGAAGUUUGUAAAUCCUCUAGUUGAAGUUCACUUAUUUUCCUGACAAAUUUGGUUUUACCAGAGGUUGCUGCUUUUGGGAAUUUUGUAAAAGGUACAUAUACACCCCUGGUUGUCAAGUUUAGCUAUCUUCUGGAAUCCAGGAUUUUGAUUAGAAUGCGCAACCUCGACGGAGUAACCCCAAAAAAGUUUGCAAGAGAGAUCUAAAUUGAAAGAGGUGGAUUUAAAUUCUGUAGGCAGAUCGAAGAUGAGAAUUUGUUGGAGUGCAGAGUGCAGUCCAGUUUUGACCUUGGAAUGUACUCCAUCGACUUUGCCUCAACCAACCUGCUAGGCCAGUUCCACUCAUGCAAAGGUGCAGGAUCCAACAAAGUUUGCUUUCUUGUGAUUUUCUGCACAAAAUUGAGGCUAAAAAAAUAAAAGUUGGUAUGAUAUUCACUUUUAUGCAAUCAAGAAAAAAUGCAAUUUGAAUCAAUUCAGUUGCAGAUUUUAUAAUCUUGUGGUUCUUCAGUAUUCCCUAGGAUAAAAUUAGAUUUUUGGUUUGGUACAUCCAAGGAAGGUCUAAAGGACACUGCCUUUUUGGGGUAGUACAAGAUUAAUCAAUUAAUUUAUUCAUUCAUUCAUCUCUUUCUUUUCUUUAA